ACUGAUGUUAAAAUCAACAUUCAAUAAGCAACCGAAGAAACUAGAUAAUCUUAAAAUCCCUGAUAGGAUAUCUAGGAAGGAAUCUUUUAUAAGGCCAUUGAAAUCAAGGGCUCUCAGUCGGGGAUCUUUAUAUUCCAGAUCAAGUACAAAUUCUUCAAAAUUUCCCAAAAACUACGGCAAAGAUAUCAGGAUUGAACUAGGUAAGCUUAAGACUAAAGAUUAUCAAUCAAAAAUACCCUUCCCAACAUUUGAACGAAGUACCAACUCAAUUAACCACUAACCAGAAAACCUAAUAAAUUGCUUUACAUAACAUCUAUUUUCUUUUAUUCAAAAUCAAGAAAAUUCUAAAACCCCAAAAAUAUACCAAGUCGAAACCUUAUCUUCUCUCUGGGCAUCCCAACCCCACUUGUGACACUACCCUAUUCUGUUUGUCUACCAACCCCCUUGACUGUUCUACAGAACGAUUCAUGAUAGUGAGUAAGAGAAGGCCCAAAUACAUUUUAGACGCCGGCAAGGGAUCCGAUUCAUUGACCAAAUAAAGUUGACUACUUCUUCAGGUAACCCUUUGGGUGCAAUGGCCUUUGUUCACCACUUUAGAUUUUGAAAGAGACUCGCCAUUGUCUCUUUGGAGGAGUGGUACGGGGGUUUAUAUUAGAGGGAAGGUGACGAGUAGUCAAUUUUUGGAGGUUUAGGGGUUUUGGAGGAGAAAAUAUAUAGUUAUGGACAGAUAUAAAAUCAAUUUUUCUUUUUUAUUAAAGAAUUUUUAUCAAUGUAAACCUCCUGAUUUAUUGUAGCUCAUUUUAACUUCCUUUUCCUGCCUAAUUUCACUGUAUCCAAUUCUCAAGUUACCUCAAAAAUUUAUAUCCAAAAGCUUUGCCUAAUAUUUAUUCUUGCUCUCAAAAACAUUGAUAAAUAAGCUAUAGGCCGUAUCAAAAUAAAGAAAUUAGAAAGCACAAGAAAGAUUAUUCCUGAGAGAUCUGAAGAUGAGGUUCUAAAGAAACAUCUAGUCAAGCCUACUUAGACAAAUGUACAGUGUGCCAACGAGGAAUUGCUGUCCCAAUACAGUCGUUUUCCCCACUUUCAAUAAGUGCCAAUGCUAAUUGGGGAAAAAUUGCUUCUUUUGUACUGAAAUAAAACUGAUAAAGAGAAGAAAAAGAAACUACUCACCCCUUAUAACAUGAGGAAGUAUAAAAAUCAACGAAGAGCAGGGGUUUCAGCAGCUAUUGCUUUUACAUUUCCUUUCUCAAAAUAAACGGUCAAAUCAAGAACCAGUGAAGCCAAUUCGACCUACAAAGAAAAGAACCACACUAACUGAGAUUACAGAUACAGAAGAAAACAAAACCCAGAAUGAGAUAAAGAAGCGGCCUAUUAUAAAGAAGCUGACUAAAAAGUAUGAAACUAGCAAUUCAUUCAUCAAGAAGAAAGAGAGCUUCAAUAGGUUUAUUAUCUCCUUGAAGGAAUCUACUUCUUCUUCCAAACCUCGCAGACAAAGCUUAAUUGGAACGAAAGGCAUUACUCAGAAGGAUAUGAUUCAGCCGUCUUUGGAAAGUUACUCUGGGAGAAGUAAACCCAAGGGUAUCAUUAAGAGGAUCUGCCGUAAAUAUAAGGACAUAAAAACAUUCAAGAAAUCAAAAACCAGAAAUAGUUUUCACCUGACUGCGCAUACCAGGAUAGACAAUAUGAAAAAGUCACGUUUUGCAAAUCAGAAAGCCAAAGAUAAUAUAAGAAAGGAGUCAACUAUAUCCUCAUCUGACUUGAGUAUUUCAGAAUUCUCAAGAGAAUCAAAUUCUAUUGAGAAAACAGUAAUUCAAAAACAACCAAUGAAACAGAAGAAACCGAAAUUGAUGACAAGAUCAUUGAUUUAUAGAAAGCCAGUCCAGAUCAAAACAAGGAACAACUCUACUCAAAAGCUCUCAAAGCCCAGAACCCGGCCACGAACAAGCAGGAAACCUCAGACUUUGACUAAGAAGACACUAAGAAAGUCCUACAGGCUGGAUUACUUCCCAUGGGACUUGUUCAUAGCAAAAUCCUAGUCCUCCUCCUUCAUCUGAAGCUGGACUUGCUGCUAGAUAAGCUCUUCGAGGCACAUGCUUGAUAAGGGCCAGGAUGGAUGCCCCUAGGUAUAAGGAUAGACAAGCAUAGCUUCAUUAGUUAAAUCCAAGGUUUU